GGGCGGCGCUGCGGGCGGCGCGCGCCAAGCUGCGGCGGGCGCACGCGCGGGCGCUUGAGCGCGCCGCGGCCGCGAAGAGCGUCGCGGAGAGCGUCGCGGAGGGCGCCGUGCGCACUGCCGUGUCCGCAGGUGGCCAUGCCCUCGUGCGCGCGUCCCUCCCCGUGGUAGUUGGCCAGUGGUCCACCGCCACCACCACAGGGCAGGUGGUCGCCGUGGUCCCCGGGAAGCUGGCCUCCGCGGUCUCGCGGGGCUCCACGUCGUCGCUGGCGGGCGGCGCGGCUGGCUGCAGCGACAAGCCAGCCGCGGCGGAUCCCGAGGGAGGCGUGUCUGUCAAGAGCCAGCCGGAGCCCGAGCCGCCGUUCACGGCCCUCGUGGGCGCGGGCGCGGCGCAGGAGAGCCACGCCCCAGGACCAGGACCGCGCGGGCGCCGCCACUCCGCCCCCGUGCCGCGGGGCACGCAGACGCUGGUGUCCAGGCUCGAGACCGAGGCGCGGCUGGGCCGCUGGCAGUGCCUCCCGGCGAGGAUCGCGUGCCACUUCGAGUGCUGGUUGUGAGGCGGCGUGCCAGGCGGUGGCCCUGCACACCAACGCACCCGGGUGCAGUUCCCCCCUCUUUUUUUGCCUGCGGCAUCCGACACUUCGAUGAUUAGUUUCCGCCAGGACCCCUUUCCAUCAUGGCAAUGGCAGGGGCAGCAUGUUCAGAAAUUCUUGGGUGUGGCGAGGUAUUCCUGUCGCCUGCGACGAUGGCCUGUGGCAGUCUUAGCGUUCGGCUGCCUUCAGGGCCGAUCCGUUUCACAGCAGCAAGAUGUUUUGUUUAAGGUUAGUUAGGCCACGGACACACUUUUCGCUACCCCUGACUUGGCUACUUUCCCUUUCAAUCCCGAAUGGGAUUGACGUCCAAGUCGCGGGGUUCUCGGUGAGGGUUCCCAGAUCGGAUUUUAGGGGCAUGUUUUUGCAUGGCUGAGUCUCACCUCUCUGUGCAGGCCUCUGGUGGAGCCAGGGCGCGGAGCCACCGCUCGAGUGGCUUCGUUUUGGCAGACGGUAUGACGGGACGCUUGCAGGGAUGUGUGACUUGUUUGAUCUCCGUGUGAGUGUGGUUCACCAGAGGAGAAAGAACCACUACCACCAGCUAGGGGAACUGGCCG